UUUUGGGUUCUUCCGCGUUUACCUGAAGCUCGGGAGUUUCUAUAAUGGGCGUAUGUUUCUGAAUUGAGCGGGUCACAAACAAAGCAGUAUAUUUGUGUCCUUGAGUUGGUCAUAAAUAGAAAGAGAAGAGAAAGGGAACGAGAAAGGGAAAAAGAAAUGAGCUGAAAAAGUGUACCGAAAGAAACACCAAAAGUUUUGUUUUCGUUAAAGUUAGCUGAAGUUGUUCACAAUGGGAUGCUGUAGCAGCACCGAGAGCAAACGUGACUGGAAACCGCUGGAGGAGCGCAGCUGCACGGACAUCCCAUGGCUCAUCAUAUUCAUAUUGUUUUGUAUUGGGAUGGCGUGUAUUUGUGGCUACCCAAUCGCCACAGGAGCUACCGGCAGGCUUGUCUCAGGAUAUGACAGUUAUGGCAACACAUGUGGCAAGAAUAACACCAAGAUCGAGGGAGUACCUCUCAGUGGCCGGGACAUGAAAGAAAACAAGUAUGUUUUCUUUCUAGACCCUUGCAACGUUGAUUUAAUUAACAGGAAGAUCAAGUCGAUUGCCCUGUGUGUCUCCAAAUGUCCUGCUGCGGAACUGAAGACUCACAGUGAUUUAAAGCAGUUUGCUCUGAAUAAUGGAUCUCAUCUCUGCUCCUAUGAUAUUUCUCCUACAAGAUACACGAGCCAUUCAGACAGAUCCACCAAAUGUCCCAAACUCCCUGUCCCACCAAGUAAGUCUGUCCCAAUACUGCACCGCUGUAUUCCUGUGGAUAUUGGCUGCUAUGCUGAAUUUGCCCAGGCAUUCAUCACAUUCGUCAGUGACAACAAUGUGCUGCGCCGGGUCAUCGCUGGGGUGAUGGCCAGCAAGGAGAUCAUCAUGGGCCUCUGUCUGCUUGCUUUAGUUCUGUCCCUGAUCAUGAUGGUUGUCAUUCGUUACAUCUCCAAAGUACUGAUGUGGAUUCUAACGAUUCUGGUAAUCAUCGGCUCUAUAGGUGGGACAGGCGUUCUCUGGUGGCUCUAUGCGGACCACAGGAAAGCCCUUGAUAAUAACACCUUAUCAGUAUUUGGAAAAGAAGUUGCCUCAGACAAUGUUAAAGCCCUCCUUGUGUAUGCAAUUGGUGCUACAAUUUUCACGGUUGUUCUCCUGCUCGUGAUGUUCUUCAUGAGGAAGCGUGUGGCUCUCACCAUCUCCCUGUUCCACGUGGCUGGUAAAGUGUUCAUCCAUCUUCCCCUGCUGGUUCUUCAGCCUUUCUGGACCUUCCUCUGCCUCAUGCUCUUCUGGGUCUACUGGAUCGCUGUGCUUCUAAGUCUCGGGACUUCAGGAACCGCAAUAAAGAACAACGCAACGGGUUUGGUUGAAUAUCAAAUGCAAGGGCCUCUUCAGUACUUGGUGUGGUAUCACGCUGUGGGUCUCAUCUGGAUCAGUGAGUUCAUACUUGCCUUCCAGCAGAUGACCAUCGCUGGAGCUGUGGUCACAUACUACUUCACAAAGAAUAAAUCCCAGUUGCCAGUGACUCCCAUCCUCUCCUCCAUGGCACGUACCAUCCGCUACCAUCUGGGUACUCUGGCCAAAGGCUCCUUCAUCAUCACGCUUGUUAAGAUCCCUCGUCUCAUCCUAAUGUAUAUCCACAGCCAGCUCAAAGGAAAGGAAAACGCCUGUGCUCGUUGCAUGCUGAAAGCCUGUGUCUGCUGUCUGUGGUGUCUUGAGAAAUGCCUUGCAUACCUAAAUCAAAAUGCUUACACUGCGACGGCCAUCAACAGCACCAGUUUCUGCACCUCUGCCCGUGACGCUUUCCUCAUCCUGUUGGAGAAUGCGCUCCGAGUGGCCGCCAUCAACACUGUGGGCGACUUUGUCCUCUUCUUGGCAAAGGUGCUUGUAGUCUCCUGUACAGCUUUCGCCGGCGUCCUGGCUCUGAACUACCAGCGGGACUACACCGUGUGGGUCCUGCCUCUCCUCAUCGUCUGUCUGUUUGCCUUCCUGGUGGCUCACUGCUUCCUUUCUGUCUUUGAAAAUGUGGUGGACUGUCUCUUCCUCUGCUUUGCAGUGGACACAAAGUACAAUGAUGGCAGCCCUGGACGCGAGUACUUCAUGGACAAGGCCUUAAUGGAAUAUGUUGAGAACAGUAAGAAGAUAGGUUUUUACAAGCCUGGUGAUGGAGAUGGACGGGAGUUGAAGUCCAUGGCACGUGGAGGGACUUCUGCUUGACCAAGCAUUAGAAAGACGGCCAAAACCACUAACAAUAUGCCCAAUCCUAACUCUUUACCAGCAUUUCACUCCAGGGACAACAGAAAGAUAACAAUGCUCUUUAUCCAGAAGCUACAUAGAGUUAUAGCAAAAGAUGCAUUAGCUUUGAUUUUUUUUUUUAUACAAUUGCAAAUUUAAAGUUUAACACUAAAACUGAAAUUUGGUAAAUGCUCAUUUGGGUGUGUUUUGUUACUAAUAAGAUAGGUUUGCUAUCUUUUGUCUUUUUCUCAUAUAACCAAGUUUUCUCUUUUAUUCCAUUUUAAAUAAUAUGAGCGAUUUGACAUGUUUUAACAUGUUUGGUUUUCUUCGUCACAUAAUAAGUGUUAGCUAUAAUGGUUCGGUGUACAUUUUGAAAUGGACAGCUAACUGUAUUUUGUCAAAGGCUGUUCAGGUUGUUUUAUUACUGCUCAAAUUUUAUACUUAAAGAAAUGAAAACACAAAGUUGUAUUGUUUUGAUUUUUGGUCCACAUCU